AACGCCGCGUACGUCGCCUGGCUCUGUGGUUCGACUCGCUCUCAUCUGGGCGUUGAGGGGAUUGAGCCGAGUACACACGGGAUGACAGCUUUGGGAUGGAUAGACGAGGAGGAGGGGGCGAGCGUGAGAGGUGGAGAAUGAUGGGGAUUUGAAUCGGAUCCGCUGGAAGAAACCCACUGUUUUUCAUUUCGAGCACUGCGCAUGCUGCAAAUAACACAUUGUCGCCCAGUGGGUGGAUAACGAUCGCAAACCUCAACUUUCCCUGUUUACUUGAAUUGUUUAAAGAGAACUGCCUCCACUUUCCAAUGGGGCCCUGAUGUCAACGUAUUACCAAAAAACCCUAUGUUGAGGCAUAUUGAGUUCUUGCUGGCUGAUGUUAUAAUAAAUAUCCUCCCUGGUAUGUAUCAGCAUGUGAAUGUUUUUGUAAUCAUGACCGGGUUUGUGUAUUUGAACACACGAGGACAAAUGCCGGCAGCUUCUUUUAUUAAGUCUUUUCUCGGCAGGCAGGCAAUGGACCACAGUUUUUAAAACUUGCUUUCACUCUCAAGUCAAACAAACAUUUUAAAGAGCAUUUUAUGUUCAGGACGGUGGUUGUGUGGUUACCACGUCUACCUCACAGACUAAAGUGAGGUCCGAACCUGUGUGACGCUUGCAUGUUCUCCAAGCAAUUGAGUGGGUUUUCUCCGGGGUCUCCGGCUUCCGUCAACAUUCCAAAAACAUGAAUGUUAGAUUAAUUGAAGACUCAAAUGGCCCACUGUUGUCAAUGUGUGUGAAUAGUUGUUUGUGUACAUAAUUAUGUCCGGUGAUUGACUGGCAACCUGGCUAUGGUGUACUGUGCCUCUCACUUAAAGUCAUUUGGGAUAGGCUUCAGCUCACCUGCUGUCCAAAUGAGGACAAGCGCUAAAGAAAAUGGAUGGAUGGCUUUUAUAAUAUAAUGUAAUUGAAUAUUUGAAGCUUUGCUUUAGCAUAAAAACACACUGCUACCUUUGUGCCAUUCAACAAAGUUUACACUGAAAAUAUUUUUUGUUUUUGUUGUGAAUCAAUAGGUCUAACUGGAUUGUUUCACCCAGAUAAUGCCACUUUGUUGUUCUCCAGGGGAAUGAAAGGCAACAUAAAAAUGUCCUCUGGGCCAUUUGAACUGAUAGUGUUGACAAAAUUGUGUUCAGAGGGGACACUGAUGCUCCAGGGAGGAGGGCUUGACUAUAGCACUCCUUGGAGGCAAAAUAUUUGUUGCCAUCUAGUGGGGAAAAAUGGCUCGCCCAGUAUUAUUACUAAUUGUCAUUUGUAAAACUACAAUAAAUACAGAUGUCUUCAGCGAAAAAGCAAGACUACGAAUAAAUCAAGUUAUAAAAAUUACCUCAAACGUUUUACGUUGUCCCAAAUUUUAUUUAGCAUCAUGAUUGCAUAACGAUGACAUUGUGCGACAUAGUUUAAUAUGAAUUUAAAAAUUAUCAGAAAAGCAGAACCCCAAGGGUGUGUAUGUGUAACUAUUAAACAUUCUCGUAAGAGGUGAACUAACUGUUUAAAAAAUAAUUUUAAUGUAACAAUAAUGCAAAAUGGAGUGACCUAUUCUGUUGUAUUAAUGACAACAGGUGGAUACCCAGCAAAAUUUUACAUUCUGCCAUCUGGUGGAAUAAUAUUUUAUUGACUGUCACUAGAUGAGCAAAGAUACAUUAUUUGUAGUAAAUACAUUAGAAUUUUCGGACCAGUUCAGUGAAUUGGAUCAUUUGCAAUGGCACACUUGACGAUCCCUUGUAGCACAUUACUAGUUUGGAAUCAUUGCUAUUUUAAACGGAAAAGAAAUUCAAUAUACAGCUCUGGAAAAAAAUAAACAGACCAAAAAAAUACUGGAUCUAGUUUGUGGCUACAGCAAGAGUCAGUGCCAUCUUUUUCCACAAACGUAAAGGGUUUAUUUUAAUUUGACCAUGUACUCUUGAUUUUUACAUAGAUAAUAAUAUUACAUCGAAUAAUAUUCAAGUCUGGCUAAAAUGAGGCGAAUGUGUGUGAUGAUUGUAAUGAAGGUCGUCUUUGUUGUUCUGCUAGCAUGUAGCAUCGUUAGCUUCCCGGUAGUGGUGGUAUGUCACUAUGACAACGCUCACGCGCACACUCGCGCUCGCGCAAACAUGGCGGCCUCUGUUUCACCGCUACGCUCCUACUGGACGCUUUGUAGCAGGUUGGCGGACCCCCACCGCUCCUGCCGGGCCAAGCUGCGGAUACACAGAAAAUGCGAGAAUCAACGGAGACACCUGCAGCAGUCGGCGACGAGGCAUGCAGCCGUGGUGAUUUCGGGUGCGGCGUUGGCUCGUCAGCUCCACAGAGAGAUCCAACGUGACGUGGAAGAGCUCGUCGCUCAGGGUAACAUGAGACCUCAUCUAGGAGUGGUCUUCGUGGGGGACGACCCGGCCAGCAGGACCUACGUUAGGAACAAAACACGAGCUGCCAGCACUUUGGGUAUUUCCAGCGACACGGUGUUGCGCCCUAGUUCGGUCUCUCAGGAGGAGUUGCUGGAUCUAAUAGACAAGAUGAACCGAGACUGGCGGGUCAGCGGACUGCUGGUGCAGCUGCCACUUCCUGAGCACAUCAAUGAAAGAGCUGUCUGUAACGCCAUUGCUCCAGAAAAGGACGUGGAUGGCUUCCAUAUUGUGAAUAUCGGCAAGCUGUGUCUUGACCAGAGAUCCAUGGUGCCUGCCACGCCUGCAGCUGUCUGGGAGAUCAUUAAAAGAUCAGGUAUUGAGACAGUGGGAAAGAAUGUGCUGGUUGCCGGACGCUCGAAAAAUGUCGGGAUGCCCAUCGCCAUGUUGCUGCAUACCGAUCGUAGCCAUGAGCGCCCUGGCGGUGACGCCACGGUGACCAUCGCUCACAGAUGUACGCCGAGGGAGCGGCUGAAGGAGUUAACCAGCCUGGCCGACAUCAUCAUUGCUGCUGCAGGUGUUCCCGGUCUGAUCACAGCAGAUAUGGUGAAAGAGAGUGCGGCAGUCAUUGACGUGGGCAUCAACCGCAUUGUGGACCCCAAAACGGGGAAACUGAGGCUCAUUGGUGAUGUGGACUUCGAGGGUGUGAAACAGAAGGCGAGCUUCAUCACUCCCGUUCCUGGAGGCGUGGGUCCUAUGACGGUGGCCAUGUUGAUGAAGAACACUGUGACCGCCGCCAGAAACGCACUGAUGCAUUAACACGAUACACAUCGUGACACACACACACACUUUUCAAUAGACGUUUUCACCAUGACUUCACAUGUACUUCCAGGUGGCAAAAACUCAAAGAGAUCUCUAAUUGCACCACAAUUAAUAGAAAACCUUACAUCUUUGACAAAGGCAGAACGAUUGAGAAACCAGAGGAGAUAGCUUGAAUAAUGAUUUUAGCCUUCUUCUUUACCACCGUAGUAUGAAUGUUUGAUAUGCCAGUCGAAAAGAAGAUGCUAUGUGAGGUAUCUUGCUUCCAAGGGAGACAGAACACAGUAGUUGAUUCGAAAGCAGACUUGAAAAUACCAACAUAGUUAACAUGACCAUUGAUGGACUUGCUCGGAUUAAUGGCAAAGAUGUGCUCUUUUGACCGUGAAAUGGAUACCGCGUAGUAUAGCUGAUGCUGGCGAGAUAACGCAACCAAACAUUUUAUACGUACCUGUGAGAAAAUGCCUCCCACAAACCCAAUGAUGGUUUGGUUCCCAGUCUGUCCCUUAAGAAAUAGCUAUCGUGCCUGUAGGCAAUCUUGCGAUGUUUUCUAAACAACUAUUUAUGACAUCCACUCGAUUUAUUCUACUCACACACAGAUUCCACUAGUUUAAAAUCCCUGUAAAAUAAAAAUAAAUACAAAUUUGACAAACCACACAUAAGAGGUUAACAACCCUUCCAAAUUUGAAUGAUUAAAAGAAGUUUGCAAGGAUAUAAAAUGAGUCUUCGAAAUCUCUAAGGUCUUUUAAAAUGCUGUGGGCAUGGUCUGCUGAAUAUGCUGAAACCAUGACCUGCUAAAUUGUCAACGGUCACUCAAAAACCACAAAUAUUUCUUAUGACUAUACAUCCCAUGUUUGAGCCACAAAAAUAGAUCCGCUUCAAGCUUCCAGUGGCUGGAAUAUAUCCCACCGGGUCAUCGUGACAACGUAGUGUAGUAGAGCGGCCUCGCCAGUCCAAAGGCCUCGUCCACGCGCUGGCUGUCAAGCAGGACUUAAAAAAUAAAUAAGCUUCGCUUUUCCGUCAUUCUCUGCAUGACGUGCCCGGACUCAUUGCCGACCAUGAGACGCUCUAAAGCAGCCACACCAGCUGAAGGGAAGAUUCAUUUUCAGGGUGUAGGCGUAGCUAGCUAGCUAAUUGCACAUGGUAUUUGCGCUGGAUGAGUGCUGAUGCGAACGAAGGCGCUCAAGUUCUCAUGCCGGAGCCAAAGUGCGUCGACCCAAAAAAUUUAUCUCCACAAUUGACUACUACAUAGUUCUCAGUCUUUGUACAUUUACAGCAAUGAUCUUCAAACCUAAAAUGUAUUUAGAAAUCAAUAUUUUUUUUUGGUUAAUUAUUUUUUUUUGAACAACAAAAAAUCCCUAAACCUUUUGGCUGUAUCUGGCAGCGCAAUCCUAAUACAAGUUUUUAUCGUUUUCAGUUGAAGUCAGUGAAGUCACUUUCUGCCACCCGGAAGUACCCUGGUGCCUAUUGUUUACAAACAUUCUAAAAAGCUCUAUACAAGCAUCAAGACUCCAUACCUGCUUACUUGAGAAGUUUAUACCAUGUUCCUUUUAGUUCCUUUUUUAUUUGUAUUUAUUUCUUCUUAUAAGAGUUGAUAUUUUUUCUACCAAGGACAUUUGAAAUCCUUGUGGAACAUUCCAGGUUUCACGGGAAAGUGAAUAUGAAAUAAACAGUGCUAAAGGUA